AUGAGACAGCCAAAACAUGAAACUAUUCCACCAUAAGCUCCAUUGAUAUUUUAAAAAGUUGAACCUUCAUCUUUGUAGAUGUUUGUGGACAUUGAAAUCAUUGAACCACUUUUUUAUUAAUAGCAAUUUUAAAAAACUGUCCUUUUCGUAUAGAGCUAAGCUUUUUCUGCAAUUUUUAUAAUUCCCUGGGUACUUGAAGUAUAAAUAUAAGAUGCCAAAUAAAGUUGA